AUGAACGAAGAGGUUCAGAAGGCGGUGACUAGCGAGCUCAACAAACUCUCUUCUCUAGACCAGUCUUCUUCUGAAUUUCAUGUUUGUCGAGCUUAUAUUGAAAACCUGCUGAAGCUGCCUUGGGGAGAGUACACCACGGACUGCACAGACAUUGAAGAGGCCGCGAGGGUUUUAGACAGAGACCACUUUGGCCUCGAGGACGUAAAGAAACGCAUUUUAGAGUUUAUAGCUGUCAACAUUCUGAAGAAGGAUUCUCAAGGCAAGAUUCUGUGUUUCGUGGGUCCCCCUGGGGUGGGCAAGACCUCCGUAGCGGAGAGCAUUGCGAGGGCUUUGAAGCGAAAGUAUUACCGCAUAUCUCUAGGGGGUUUGUUUGACGUGGCCGAGCUGCGGGGCCACCGCCGAACUUACAUCGGGGCCCUUCCGGGAAAAAUAAUAAACGCUUUGAAGUUGUCGGGAACAAUGAAUCCUUUGAUAGUUUUGGACGAGAUUGACAAACUCGGGAGGGACUUUCGAGGAGACCCCGCCUCUGCACUUCUCGAAGUUUUAGACCCUUCGCAAAACAAUUUAUUUCGAGACCAUUAUGUCGACGCCCCUGUGGACUUGUCGAGGGUUUUGUUUGUUUGCACUGCCAACGCCCAAGACGCCAUUCCAGGUCCAAACCCUAAACCCUAA